AUGCUUGCAAGAACAAUGAACCCAAUGCACGAAAUGAAGGGCGAUAUGUCUGCUGUAAUAAGCCCUCGAUUCUGCCAUCAAUAUCCUGUCCAUCUGACUGUUGUUAGAAACCCCAUAGCCGUAACUGACAGCGGCAAGUAUUUGAUCACCGAUGAAAAGGCCCACCACUUGUUGGGCGUUAAGGAGACGCUGUGGAGCAUUCAUGGCCGCCACGUCAUCACGGAUACUGAGACGAAUCCCAUUGCCACCUGCAAGAAAAAGCUGUUUAGUGGUCUCAAAAAAUGGCAAGUCUUUCAAGGAAGUAGCUCGAACCUACUCUUCACUGCCAAGAACUGCUCCCCUAUCCACUCAAAGAUCGAAGUUGAGGUGUACUUAGCUGGCAACAAGAAACAGGAUUAUUUUUGGGAUUUUAAGGUUGGUGGGUGCUGGAAGGAGAGGUCUUUUGUUGUGUACGAUAGAGACUUCAAACCCAUUGCUCGAAUGGAGAAGAAGUCGAGAGGAACCAGCAUCCUUGGGAAGGAGACGUUCCAUCUGACCGUUUCUUCCAAAGUGGAUUAUGCCUUCAUAGUUACUUUGGUUGUCCUACUUUGUGAGGCCAAAGAAGAUAAGGAAAAUUAAUUGACGCGGAGUAUUUUCAAUUGUAUUUG